AUGUCUUCUCCGAGGUCUGCGACGUAUCUUGCCCGAAGACGGACCAAGACUUUCACUGGUUGCUGGACAUGCCGCUCAAGAAAAGUCAAGUGCGACGAGGGCAAACCACACUGUUCUUCGUGCAAAGUACGGGGACUUGACUGCCAAGGUUAUGGUGUUCGGCUUCAAUGGCUGCAUCCUGAGACUACGGUCCCAUCAGAUUUGAACUUGUCUGAUAUCGAACUGGCCAACGAUGCAUCGGCCUUCAGAUCUCGGAGGCGACAAGUUCCAAUUUCACUCAGUCAACAAGUUCUAACAUGGAGUCAAGUCGAGGGGAUCCUCAAACUCAUUGACUCUGUAGAACCAUCGUCAGCAACCAGCUUAAGCGAUGACGUGGGUAUUCACGUAGAGAAUUUCGGAGUGUUUGAUGCAGGAAAACCAUCGACUAUCGAUUCCCGGAACCCUGCCGGCACUUUCCUUCUGCAAGAUACUUUCACGACAACCGAGACUUGCGAUGAAGAGUCUGAACGAAUGUUGGGUACUGACCUGGCUCUUUACACUUCCUCUCCAAGUGUGCCAAAUCCUGAGAGACAGCAGUUAUUGCCAUCGCCUUCAUACUCCGAAGCUGAAGUAGCUUGGGAGUUGUGCAAUCUGCAUGUGCAAGGGCCUUCGGAGACGGAGGUAGAUAGUCUAUGCCCAGGCUUUGCCGAAGACCAUUCAGACAACCUUCAAAACAAGGGAGCCGCUGACAGAGUCUCGUCUUCUUCAUCAAGACAUCAGCGUUGGCCCGGGAUAAGCGUCUCCACGGAACUUCCAAGGCCACCGAUGGCAGUCAUCUCUGAGAGAGAGCGAUUUCUCAUGCAUCACUACAUGCAUAGAGUCGUCAACAUAUUUUGUGUCAUCGACAAUGCAAAGAGUCCUUGGAAGACGAUACAUCUGCCUCGAGCUAUUCAGGGUGCCGGUGAGCUGAGUGUGAUGGGCGCAACAUCUAGGAUCCGCAAUGCCCUGCGAAACGCGCUGCUCUCUAUAAGUGCCUACUACCUCUCAAACGUUCAGGUAUCAGAAAAUAGGCUGGAAGUGAAGUUGAAGUGGGUGGAGGCAGCCACUCUCUAUCGUUAUAACGCCAUUGGAUUACUCAAACAAGCGGUAGAAGUUGACCUCCACGCGCCAGAAAGACCGAAGUAUAAGGAGUUUCUAGCAACAAUGUUGUCAAUGAUAACAAUAAACGUAAGCUAUAAUUUCGUUCCGUUGUCUCGGGGCAAGCAUACAAGAGUAUCGCACCACCUCUGCAUGGGGAUUGAAGCUUAUGAUCACCUAUCGGUACACGUCAUAUCCCCUGUAUUCUCUUUAGACCUUGCUCAAAGUCGAUCAAGUCUCUCUGUAUCUCAUUGA